AUGGAGCACGCGCGUCCGCCUGCAGAAUUAAAUAUGGACGGUGGCCCCGUAAGCCGGGCCGACGCUUGGAAAAAAUGGAAACAACAAUUCAUGUUAUUUUUGAAGGCUUCUGGUGUAGCCUCGGAGCGCUCGAGUGUCCAAGCUAGUCUAAUGGUAAAUCUAAUCGGCCCGGAUGGCUUCGAUGUAUAUCAAACGUUCACAUUCGACGAAGACAGUGAGCGCGAUGACGUCGCGGUAUUGAUGAAAAAGUUUGAUAAUUAUUUUGGAACAAAGCCGAAUGUAACGUUAAUGAGAUACAAGUUUUUUACGCGUAACCAAGAUGAAGGGGAAUCUAUACAACAAUACGUCACCGCCCUGCGUCUUCUGAGCAAAACAUGCGAGUUCACCACCCUGGAAGAGGAGUUGAUCAGGGAUAGAAUCGUCUGUGGAAUUCGACAUUCCACUGUCAGGGACAGACUGUUGCGGUGCGAUGACCUCAACCUAGAUAAGGUCAUAAAAAUUUGCCAAGCGGAGGAGGUGUCCCAGGAGAGCUGCCGUCAGAUAGGGUCGAGUGGUGACACGGCGCGCGUGGACGCGGUGUCGGCGCGCGGUCGCGGGCGGUCGGCGGCGCGCGGCUGGCCGCGGCGGGCGGCGAGCGGCGCGGCGCGCGGAAUCAACCGCAGGGGGCCGGCCGCGGAUGCGCUUGCGCCGCGGGCCGCGCGGUCUCCGUGCCGCGCUUGUGGCUCCGCGCGGUGCAGCGACAGCGAGUGCCCCGCGCAACGAGUCAGCUGUUACGUUUGCGGUAAUCAUGGACACUUCGCGCGCAUGUGUAAGUCAAAUAAUUUUUUUCAUAACGCCGGCCGCGCUCGGGCCGGGCGAGUAUAUGGAGUGGAAUGUGAUGUUGUGAGUAGUGAACCGGAAAAUGAUAUUUUUUAUAUUUCGUCCGUCGACUGUGGUGACCAUUCAGGGGGCUGGUUUCAAAUAUUAACGUGCGAAAAUGGACAUGAAAAUUUUAAAUUGGACUCGGGGGCCGAUUGUAACAUAAUAUCCUAUAGUACAUUUUUAAAAUUAGGUUUCGAUCCGAACAUAAUUGUAAAAAAGAAUAUAUCUUUAUUAUCAUACACGCAUGACACGAUUCCAUUAAAAGGAAUCUGUACUAUACCUUGGUAUUAUAAAAAUAUUAUUUAUAAUCUCAAAUUUGCUGUAGCGGACAUAGAAUGUAGCAGCGUGCUGGGACGGAACUCUUGCGAGGAGUUAGGGCUAAUCAAGCGUAUAAUGUCUAUUGAACUAUCCAACUAUAAUGACUUAUUUAAAGGUUUAGGGUGUUUGCCCGGAAAGUAUCACAUAGUAACUGAUAGCUCGGUUCCACCUGUCAUAUGUGCGUCGAGGAAAAUUACUCAUGGGUUACGCGAUCGCUUAGCACAGGAGCUUAAUAAAAUGGUAGAUUUAGGGGUCAUCAGGAAGGUGAAUCAUCCAACUCAAUGGGUACAUCCUCUGGUGUUGGUGGCGAAAAAGGAUAAUGGAAUCAGGGUGUGCUUGGAUCCACGAGAACUGAACAGAGCUAUUCAACGUGCUCACUUCCAGUUGCCGACUGUGUCGGAAUUAGCAUCUCGCUUACACGGAGCUCGAUACUUUUCAGUUCUUGACGCAAACGCAGGCUUCUGGGCCGUGGUACUGGAUGAUGAGAGCGCGGACUUAUGCACUUUCAGCACGCCUUUUGGACGGUAUCAAUUUUUACGUCUGCCGUUUGGUAUUAAUUGCGCGUCAGAGGUUUUUCACGCCAAAUUACGUCAACACCUGGAAGACCUGGAGGGUGUAGAUAAUUAUGUUGACGAUGUAAUAGUAUGGGGGGAAACUCGGCAGAUUCACGAUAUGAGAUUGAAAGCGUUAUUAAAUAGAGCGAAGGAAAUAAACUUAAAAUUUAAUAAACAGAAAUGCAAAAUUGGAGUUCAGGAAGUGACUUCUCUGGGCCAUGUGUUUGAUUCUAAGGGAAUGAGACCGGAUUAUAAUAAGAUUAAAGCCAUUAAAGAAAUGCAAAUACCAAAAGAUAAAAAAGAUCUCGAGCGGUUUUUAGGGGCAGUAAAUUACUUAUCAAAAUUUAUUCCAAAUUACUCAGAAAUAGCCAUUCCGUUAACAAGUCUAUUGAAGAAAGAUAAUUACUGGCGGUGGGAGGAUAGCGAGCAAAGCGCGUUCGACCAACUCAAAGAGUGUGUGUGUGGAGCGGGCGUGCUGGCGCUGUACAAUCCGACGCAGCCAGUGCGGUUGUCUGUGGACGCAUCGCGAAAUGCACUGGGCGCAGUGUUGAUGCAAGGCGGUCGCCCCGUCGAAUACGCUUCCCGUACGCUUACAGAUGCGCAAACCCGGUAUGCACAGGUGGAAAAAGAGAUGUUAGCUAUCGUUUUUGGUUGUGAACGAUUCCAUCAGUACAUAUAUGGGCAAAAGGGCGUCAUUGUGGAAUCGGAUCACAAACCCUUAGAAGGAAUAUUUAAAAAACCUUUAGCGUCUGUCCCGGCGCGUCUGCAACGUAUGUUACUGAGGUUACAGUGUUACGAUUUGACUGUAACAUACGUGCCAGGAAAAUAUAUGUUUAUAGCCGAUAUGUUGUCUCGUGCGGCGCUUCCCGAUCUAUAUAGUGAAGAAAUGCAUUCUAAUAUAACUUACCAGGAUCAGGUACUUAUACCUAAAGAAUUAAGAGAAGAAAUGUUAAAAAUAGUUCAUGAAGGGCAUCUAGGUAUAGAUCGGUGCAAGCGGCGCGCGAGGCAAGUUAUGUUUUGGCCGAGUAUGUCACGUGACAUAGAGCAGUUUGUAAAGCGAUGUCACACCUGUCAGGAGCACUCAAACAGACCUGCUAAGGAGCCAUUGCUUCCUAUGGAGAUUCCAGCUCUGCCGUGGGAAAAGGUACUGAUAAGUGAUAACGGGACUCAAUACACUAGCCGAGAGUUCAAAAAUUUUGCUAAUGUGUGGGGUUUCAACCAUGUGACGUCCUCGCCGAAUUACCCGCAGGCGAAUGGUAAAAGUGAACGCGCAGUUCAAACUAUUAAAAUGAUUUUAAAUAAAUCUAUUAAAAGUAACGGAGAUUUUGAUUUAGCUCUUCUUAACUAUAGAAAUACACCUAGGGAUGGGUUGAGUUCUCCUGCGCAGUUGCUGAUGGGUCGCAGGUUGCGUUGUCAAUUGCCAGUACAUGAAAAUCUGUUAAAACCAAAACCUGUCGAUCCUUCUGAGUACCAAACUAUGUUACAUAAACAAAAUAACAAUAAAAUGUACUAUGAUCAGCACAGUAAAACUCUUCCUAUGUUAAGAGAAGGUGACUCAGUAAUCUGUAUAGAUGGAAAGAUUAGGAGCAGAGGAAAGAUAGUGGGGCGCGCUGACACUCCUCGUUCUUACAUUGUCAAAAAUAGUGUCGGUGCCAGGUAUAGGCGAAAUCGCCGUCACUUGAUUAGGUGUGAAAGUGAUCCACAAGCAAUGCAUAGUGACCAUGGUAAAGACGAACAAUUUAACGAUGCGUGUGAGUAUUCAUGUACUAGCAGUGACGAGGCUUCGAAUCUUAAUAGUGAACAGCUCAUCCGCAAAGCUAAAGCAGUGGCUAUUCAACGCCUACGGAAAAAAUUGUAA